GCGGCCGCCCCUGUCCUGGGGCGGGACGGGCCCACGGCCGCCUCCUGGAGGCCCGGGGAGGGUUUGGGGGGACGGAACUCGAAGGCGGGGACACCCCGGGGUCCGGUCGCCGAGCCGGCCCACGCCUCCAGCCUCGUCCGACGGGGUGUCCGCCUCCUGUUGGCCCCGGGCCCCGCGGGAGCCGGCCAGGCCCCCGCGACCCCAGCCGAGCGCCCGGUCCUCCGCCCCAACGACCUCCUGCAGCAGCGGGACCCAGAGCCAGGCCAUGGCAAGGGGGGCUCCCGGAAAGGGCGGGGGCCCCCAGACGGGGCAGAGGACUAGGGGGGUCUCUGGUAUCCCCCACUCCCACCCUUCCACCGUGUUUCAUGUUGGGUUCUACCCUCUGAAGUGGAGGUGUUGGAGUCUAUCUACCUGGAUGAAUUACAGGUGGUUCAAGGAAAUGGAAGUUCCCACUCAGUCCCAUCUUGGAUCAUCACAAUGACCACCCACAGGUCUUCACCAUGGGAAAUCUGCAUCACUCUGCACCCUGCCACAGCUGAAGACCAGGAUUCACAAUUUGUCUGCUUUACCUUGGUAUUGCUGGUGCCUGCACAGUAUCCCAAUGAGGUGCCUAAGAUCUCUAUCCGUAACCCCCGAGGGCUCUCAGAUGAACAGAUCCACAAGAUCUCACAGGCACUGAAUUGUGUGGCUGAGGCUGGAUUGGGCACUGCUGUGCUCUAUGAACUCAUUGAGAAGGGGAAGGAGAUCCUCACGGACAACAAUAUUCCACAUGGCCAGUGUGUCAUCUGUCUCUAUGGCUUCCAGGAGAAGGAAGCUUUCACCAAGACCCCUUGUUACCACUACUUCCACUGCCACUGCCUUGCCCGCUACAUCCAGCACAUGGAGCAAGAACUUUUGGCUCAGAAAGAGGAACAGCAGCAACAUCCAGGUUCUCCAGUUGAGCAGGGUGUUGGUGUCCAGUGUCCAGUCUGCAGAGAGCUCCUGGUGUAUGACCUGGCCACACUGCAGGCAGCUCCCCCACCUCAACAUCCUCUGGAGCCAUACCAGCCAGACGCAGAGACCUUGAGACAGCAGGAAGAACGCCAGCGGCUCUAUGAGAGGCAGCAGCAGCGUGGGGGAAUCAUAGAUCCGGAAGCUGAACGGAACCGGUACUUCAUCAGCCUCCAACGGCCCUCCCCGGUGGAGCCUGAGGUAGCCCUGGAUGCCUCCAAGGGAUCUCAGCCACCAGGUGCCCCUGCCACAGACUUGCCCACCCCACAAGACAUCCUGCCAGUUGCCCCACAGUAUACAAGAGAAAGGAUCUCAGGGGCCGGGCCCAGCCAACAAGGGCUGAAUGAGCUCCAGAGAGCUGAAAGAGACACCUCCCGGGCAUGCCGGACCCCCGGGCAGCAGUCAGAGCAGAGAGACCUUCGGGGAAGUGGGAACUCUGCCCCCAAAGGCUCCAGUUGUACACAAGAACUGCCCCCGCCUGAUGGGCCAUUCAAAGAGCCCAUGGACCUGAAGCCAGAGCUUCAGAGUCAAAGGGUUGAAGGCCUCACCAAGGAGAAGGGGGCUGGCAGCUGGCAGGGGCCCCCAAACCGCAGGAACUGGGAAUGUGGUCGCUGGGAACGUUCCAAGGGCCGGACGCCUGGCUCUUCUUACCCCCGCCUGCCUCGUGGUCGGGGAGCUUACCGGCCUAGUGCUCGGAGGGAACCUCCUGCCCUGGAGCCAGAGGAGGGUUCCUAGCAGGAAUGUUGGGGGACAGGGAAUAAUGGGUGGGAGGGAAGCAAUAAAGAAUAUUGGCCCAGCUCAGCUAACUUUCUGCUUGCUGGUGCCUCUGGAAGUAAAGGGUCUAGUCUGUAGGAACUAUAUCCCGGCCAUAUUUGUGAUGGAAGAUGACAUGGCAGCCAAGUUGGCAGAUUAAUUUCCAUAAAUCCUUCUGUAUGUGUAUGGAAGUUGUGAGGGCCAUGAAUGCUAGAAAAAGGAAUGCACCUCCAAACUUG